GCGCGCGCAGAGGCAGUUUGGAGCAGCUGUGGUUCAGAAGUCCCACGCGCGUGCAUUUGUUUUCAUUUUUUACACAAAGCUUAAUCAGAGAAAAAGGCGCGCUUCCUGAUCUGAUUCUAGUCAGACUCCGAGAGCCAGAGCAUCACCGCUGAGACGCGCUGAACCUAUUUACUUAGUUGUUGUUUAUUUAAAUAUUAGAUUAAAACCCCCGCAAAAAUGUUCGAGGCCCGGCUGGUUCAAGGCUCCAUCCUGAAGAAGGUGCUGGAAGCUCUGAAGGAUCUGAUCACCGAGGCGUGCUGGGACGUGAGCUCGUCGGGCAUCUCUCUGCAGAGCAUGGACUCGUCUCAUGUGUCCCUGGUGCAGCUCACAUUGCGCAGCGACGGCUUCGACUCGUACCGCUGCGACAGGAACCUCGCCAUGGGGGUGAACCUCAGCAGUAUGUCCAAAAUCCUGAAGUGUGCUGGGAAUGAGGACAUCAUUACACUGAAAGCAGAGGACAAUGCAGAUACUCUGGCACUGGUUUUCGAAACUCUUAACCAGGAGAAAGUCUCGGAUUAUGAGAUGAAAUUGAUGGACUUGGAUGUGGAGCAGCUUGGAAUUCCAGAGCAAGAGUACAGCUGUGUAGUAAAGAUGCCUUCUGGUGAAUUUGCCCGUAUUUGCCGGGAUCUGUCCCAAAUCGGUGACGCUGUGAUGAUCUCCUGUGCUAAAGACGGAGUGAAGUUCUCUGCCAGUGGUGAACUAGGAACUGGAAACAUCAAACUGUCCCAAACCAGCAACGUAGACAAAGAGGACGAAGCUGUCACGAUUGAGAUGAACGAACCUGUCCAGCUCAUUUUUGCUCUGAACUACUUGAAUUUCUUUACCAAGGCCACUCCUUUAUCCAAAACAGUCACACUCAGCAUGUCUGCAGAUAUUCCACUCGUGGUGGAGUACAAGAUUGCAGAUAUGGGUCACAUUAAGUACUACCUGGCUCCUAAGAUUGAUGAGGAAUCAUCAUAAACUCUCACAUAAAUUCUCACCUGCUUCAGUCCCAACUAUUCCUGCUUAACUGGUACAUUAGUUGUUCCUGGGCUCCCAAGUCAGCAAACAGACACAACAGACUGUCCAAUCAGUGAAGGUCACAUUUACAUGUGCUAUGUUUAAAAAAAAAAAAAAAAAAAAAUUGUUUUUCCCCCUUUUUUUCAUUUUGAUUAUUGCUCUGAUCUGCCUCUUUAAGCACUAGGGGUUUGUCUAUCCUCAUUCCAAUACUUUGUAGAUAAAAAAUAUCUGUAAAUAUGCCAAUUUGGAAUUUUCAUCUGUUUCCCACUAAUAAACAUUUUGUAAUGUG